UUGUUGAAGGCAACCGACCUGUUUGAUUAUGAUAUGAUAUAUAAAACCUCGGCUCAAAGCGGAUUUGAUUGGUGAAGGUCGAUUAAGUCGGUCGUACUGAGGUCAAAUUACAUUGCUUCACAGGAGUUAUGGUUUGUGUCGGUCGUUAAAUUGAAUUAGAUAUGGAGUGAGAUAGUUGGAGUGGACUCUUCAUUUGGGCGGCGGUCAUUGUAGGCGUGUAGGUGGAUCUGCCAAUAAAAGAGAUUGCUUGUUCUAAUGAUUUGAGAAAGAAGGCUUGGAUUGAAUUGUUUGCAGACGACUUUUUGUUUUUUCCAUGUGUAACAAAGUGGCGAGCCGAGGAGAAGAACAUGAUGAGCAGGAUAAGGGAAAUGAAGAGGACGCAGGAAAUCUAGGGGGUUAUAGUCAUAGUGGACUUACGAGGGAGCGUGAAAUGUCUGUGAUGGUGUCGGCGUUGAGUGACGUGGUGGCUGGAACUACUGGAGUUAAGAGGGAGAGGGAGGAGAAUGAUGAGAUUCAACCUGGUGUUCGUCCUAGGGCUACUCCUCCUCCUUUUUCUCUUCCUCCUGCUAUGGACUUCAAUCUUGAUCCUCCAUGGCCUCUGCAAUUGUCAUAUUCUAGUGUGCAACAUCAUUAUGGUGGUCAUGUUCCCAUGUCUGCACCUCCCACCGCCACCAUGAUGCCACCGCCUCCAGGAUUUUUAGGCGAAGCUUCUGGAUUCCAGCAGGAGUGCACGGGAAGCGAGUCAUCGUCGCAAACAGAGAAAGAGACAGAAAGGCGGCGGCGAUACAGAGGCGUGCGACAGAGACCAUGGGGCAAGUGGGCGGCGGAGAUAAGAGACCCACACAAGGCGGCGCGUGUGUGGCUCGGAACCUUCGACACUGCCGAAGAAGCCGCCCGUGCAUACGACGAAGCCGCCUUGCGCUUCAGAGGCACCAGAGCAAAACUGAACUUUCCAGAAGAUGCUCAGCUCAAUCCAGCCAUUGUCGCCGCCACAACACAACAACAAUCCGCUACCAUUUCUUCACGCUUAGCGGCGGCGCCCACCGUUUCCGCCGCCACAGAACGGGUCGAAACAGCGCAGGCGUCUCAAAUGCCGGCGGAGUUUUAUGAAUACGCUCAACUUCUACAAAAUCCAGGAGUUCCUCCAACCUCCAUGUCUCUUCUUCACCAGUAUAUAACUGCCCAACGCCACCACCAGCCGCCGCCGCCGCCGCAGCAGCAGCAGCAGCAGCAAAGGCCAGUGCACGUGUGGCAGCCGGCACUUCAGCACCAAUUUCACACGCGUCCUCAAACUACACAAGUAGUUGCUUCAACGUAUUAUGUGCCUUCACAGCAGCCAACUUAUUCGAACCCAUUUUCUCAGUCGCCAAGAAGUGGGCAAACACAGCAGCCAACUUAUUCGAACCCAUUUUCUCAGUCGCCAAGAAGUGGGCAAACAGAACCUUCUGCAUCUUCCUCUUCAUCGCCAUGGCAAUCCUCGGAUUAUCCUCCGCCGCCGACAUCUGAAUAAUUGAGAUUUUCGAAGUUUAUCCAUUCUUUUUUGGAUAUAUUUGUACGGAACCUUACAUAGAUAGAGUAGUAUUUCAUGUGUAACUUUGGCUGGAUUUUUUCUAUUUGUUUCUCGGCUGAUUGAUUCAGAUUUAUAUACGGAUUUUUCUAUAAAUUCUGUAGCAUGAGUUUUGUCUGGGCUUAACUGUAGAAUUCAUGUCGGUGAUGUCGCUUGUGAAGCAAAUCGUUUUUUCUUGUUUUUUUUUGCAUGUUUGAAAUGAAACCACCUUAAAUUUCCCGAU